ACGCGACUGCAUUUUUAUUUCAACAAACCAUCAGAUAAGCAUGCUGGCUCUCACACCUCCAAGCUCUUCUCCCAUACGAAAGCGAGGCCGUGAUGACAAUGAGGAUGAUGAUACCAAACGCUGGCAACACAACAAAAUCCACACGGAAACACAUGUAUAUACUAUUGAAAUGAUGAUGAACGCACAGCGAGAGCUCUCCCGGAAGAAACCUGGAAUGCUGGAACCAACACAGCAAGAAGAGGAAGCAUUUGACACAGAUGAGCGCCAGAGUUCAUAUAAACAAUCACCAUACUGGCCAGUGAUCACCCGAGCAAGAUAGAAAGACCUAAAAUCCGACUACUACAGUGUAUAUUAGAUAUAGUUUAGUGUGUUAAUUUACAGUACCAUU